GGGGCGCGAGGCGUUCUGGAAGUGCCCUGGAGAGUCUGUUUGAUCCGACAGACCCCCACAGACUUAGUUGGGGCUCUGCAGUGUCAUGCCCCGGAGCCUCCAGACCACGUCGAGCUGGGCGCUGUUGCUGCGGCUGCUGGCAUUGCUGCGGCCGCCCGGGCUGGUCGAGGCGUGCAGCUGCGCCCCCUCGCACCCCCAGCAGCAUGUCUGCCACUCUGCGCUUGUGAUCCGGGCCAAGAUCUCCAGUGAGAAGGUAAUUCCUGCCAGUGCAGAUCCUGCUGACACUCAAAAAAUGAUCCGGUAUGAAAUCAAACAGAUAAAGAUGUUUAAAGGGUUUGAGAAAGUCAAGGAUAUUCAGUAUAUCUAUACACCUUUUGAUUCCUCCCUCUGUGGUGUGAAACUAGAAGCAAACAGCCAGAAGCAGUAUCUCUUGACUGGUCAGGUCCUCAAUGAUGGAAAGGUCUUCAUCCAUCUGUGCAACUACAUUGAGCCCUGGGAAAACCUAUCCUUUUUGCAAAGGGAAAGUCUGAACCACCACUACCAUAUGAACUGUGGCUGCCAAAUCACCACCUGCUAUACAGUGCCCUGUACCAUCUCAGCCCCCAAUGAGUGCCUCUGGACAGAUUGGCUAUUGGAAAGAAAACUCUAUGGGUACCAGGCCCAGCAUUAUGUCUGCAUGAAGCGUGUUGAUGGCACCUGCAGCUGGUACCAGGGACGCCUGCCCCUCAGGAAGGAGUUUGUUGACAUCAUCCAGCCCUAGUAGGGAACAAUGACCACCACAUUCCUUCAAGAGUUCUGAAGACCAAGCCAGUUCUCCCUCACUAGAGUUCUGGCUAUCACCACUUGCCUCACUGCUGUCAGCAAAUGAGAAGUAUCAAGUGGACAGUCUGGCUAGUGUUAGAGCAGGGCUAGGGUAUGUUACAGCUUGUGUCUGAAACCCCAGCCCAGAACAUGUCAAAAGCUAGGGAAAGUAUCCUGCCCUCAACCCUUCUCUCCUGCCUCCCAAACCCUUUUAUUCUAGCCCUGUGGUUGG